AUUGUGCACUGUGUUUAUUUUGUGGUAGUGUGCGCUGUCAAUAUAUGGUUGGAGAAGGAGGUGGGGAAGAGUGCGAUUUAUACCUUCUGCCUGUUUCUAUGCAUUUCAUUUUCGGGCGACAAACGCGAAAGGUAACACCAAAGAGAAAGAACCGUAAUCGUCUUCUGUGAGCUUUGCAAAGAAAGGCGAAAAGAAAAUCGUAAAGAAGAAAAAAAAACUUUGCAUCUGCGAGGGCGGGCUGCAUUCCUCUUUUUUUUGCAUUCUACACAUGUGUACAUAGAAAUCUCCAACACAAAACAAAGUGCGAAAAACGAAUAAAUACUAAAAGCUCAUCCGAAAAUUUAUUAAAAUCAAAUCAAAACGAAAUCUCCAGUCAUCUCGUCAACGGUAGAUUGCUCCUAAAAGGGAACGGAGUCUAUCGAGUGGACGUGAAGACGUCGUUGCUGCUGCCUCUGCUGCUGCCGCUGCUGCUAAAUAAUGAGUCGUCAUGAAGGUGUGAGCUGCGAUUCAUGUCUAAAAAGUAACUUUAAUGGACGUCGAUACAAGUGCUUAAUCUGUUAUGAUUAUGAUCUGUGCGCCGAUUGCUAUGAGGAUGGCGUCACCUCCACUCGCCAUCUGGUCGAGCAUCCCAUGCAAUGCAUACUUACCCGUUCUGAUAUUGAAUUAUAUUUUGGCGGUGAGAUGCUAACAACGGAUCAGCCCCAAUCAUUUACGUGUCCUUAUUGCAAAAAGAUGGGCUUCAGUGAUGCAACCUUAUUGGAGCAUGUGUCCGCUGAACAUACGGAGACUAGCUUGGAGGUCGUCUGUCCCGUUUGCGCCGGAUUGCCAGGCGGUGAGCCGAACCUAGUCACAGAUGAUUUUGCUGGUCAUCUAACAUUGGAGCAUCGGCAAGGACCACGAGAGUUAAUAUCCUUUUUGGAUGAGCCCUCAGCCAUACGGCAUGGAGGUGGAGUGCGUCGCAUACCUGGACGCACAUUGGGUGGACCUCGAACACGACGCUCCAAUAUGCACUUCAGCUCGUCGAGCGGUCUGUCGGCGUUGUCGCCAUCGGGCCGCGAGUCUGUCGAUCCCAUUGCGGAGCUGCUCUCACAGCUGUCCGGCGUUAGACGUGGCGGACCACCAACAUCGCAAUUGCAACAAUUGCAGAUGCAAAUGCAAAUGGAUCGACAGCAGGCAACGGCAUCGCGCCAAAUUGAUCGACUGCCAAGACGCACGCAUCCCAUAGUCUCAACAUCGAAUUCGAAUGCCACCAUGGCCGAGGUGAUCAGCGGUGCAGGUGGAGGUGGCGUUGCAGUUGGCAAUGGUGGUGGCAUGAAUGCCAGUGGUGUGAGUGGACAUCCCAACCUGCGCACUAGCGAUUGGCCGGUGGGCACAAGCUUUGCAUCGACCAGUAGCCAUCAGCAGACACAGUCGAGCAGCCUGGCCGCCAAUACCCUCAACGCCAGAGAAGCGGUCGGCAACAGUUGCAUCAGCAGUGGCAGCGGAGUCAGUAACAAUGCCCUGGGCAUUAGCGUCGGCUCUGGCACUGUCGGCGCUUCAACGGCCAAUGGCAGCAGCAGCAGUGGUGCCUUGGCUAGCCAAGCUGGCGGCCAAGCUGCAGCUGGCGAGUCAUCACAAUCCCAGUACUUGCUGGCCAAAUUUAUGCAGCCCACGCUGACAGAUGCCGAGUGGGCGGAUGUUGAGCGUAAACGCGCCAACCGCUCCACGUUUGUGCAGUCGCUGCUCUUAUCGUUGCUCUGCACGGAGGAGCUGGACUUGAAUGCGGCCAAUGAUGAUGGUGAAUGCUUGGCCAAGAGUGAUAAUGUAAAUAAGGAGCAGAAUAGUGGCGAUAGCCAAAAGCAACAGCAGCAGCAGGAAGAACAGGAGACGCUGCUUAACAACAAUGCAGAUGAGCAGCAGCAGCAACAACAGCAACAGCAACGUGCUGUGGUACGACAGGUGAAUCAAAUGCAACAGACCUCACCAGAGGACUUCGUAUGCGAUGAAUAUCGCUACAAAAAUAAAAAGGCCAACAAUACAUCAGCAACAACACAAACGAGUGGCACGGCAGCAACAGGAGGCACUGUUGGUGGUGGUGGUGGUGGUGUCGGUGGUGGUAUGGUUGGUGCAGGAGGUGGAACUGUAGCAGUAGCGGCAGCUGCAAGUGCAGCUGGUGCUGGCGGCAGGCCAAUAGCAGCUGAUCGAGGUGGCAUCGAAAGACGAGGCCGGCCACAACCAGCAGAGACUGCCACGGGUUCACAGCAGCAGCAGCAGCAGCAACAACAAAAAUACAAACAAAAUGCAAAUGCGAAUGCGGCGGCAAACACAAAUCAAAUACCCGAUACUAGGUAGUGUCUCAGUUGCUAUACAACGGCAAAAAAAACCACAACAACAAAAAGAACAACCACAACAACAAGAAGUUGCAGCUGCUGCAGACUAAAUAAAAUCAGCAAUAUGUCAACACCAGUAGCAACAACAACAACUGGAACACAAUACCAAUCACAACAACAACCACAAUACCACAUUGUCCACCAACACCACAGCAGCAACAACAACAAACACAGCCGUAAGAGUAACAACAACAACAAAAGUAGCCGCAGCCGCCGCCGCAAUUUCGUCAAAAACUAUAUUAUAUGUAUCGUUUAUUAAAUAUAUUAAAAUUUAUAUAAUUAUAAAAAAAAAAAACAUGAACAGAGAUGUGCGGAGAGCUAAAAUUAUUGUAAUCAUUGAAUUAAUUAUAAUUUAAACAAACAAAAUGCAAAAUAAUCGCUAGUGUUCUAUUGAUGUAGCACAAUCAAUUCGAAUUGAUUGAAUCAUUUUUAUCGAAACCAAUCCUAACCAAUUAUAGUAACAAAUCUGCACGAA